UUGUGCGAGAAAAGUGGCAUCAAUGCAACUGCGCGCAAAACUGAAGCCUCCGCCACUCCCUCUCUCUCCUUCGAUCAACCUCGUCUCGUACACUGCCUGUGAAGAUAUGACAGUGUAGUUAUCUGUAAACACAGACCUCCGCUGUUCAAGGAGUGUGCUCACAUCUCUCAUUCCCUCUCCGCGUUAGUAGUGUAGGAGAGCUCUCCAGCCUCUGAAGUGGCUUCGCUCAAACGCAGCAGCGCGGUCAUCCGAGGAGACAGAGAAGAGGGCAGGAAAAGGUGCAUAUCGCGAAUUCCUCAAGGAUGGAGAAGGACUCAUCGGUCAAGUCUUCGGUGGCCGAGUUGGCCGGGAGAUUCAAAGAUCACGUCAUGCCGACGCCGACUCCGCACGACGAGAGGAAGCCUGUUAAAAGGAGGCCUCCUCCAUGCUUCCUGCAGCUUCACGACGUGAAACAUGACCACGGGGAACUGGAGAAACCCAGCAUCGUCUCUCCACACCCCCCCAAAUCCAAGAUGAAGACCUCCAAGAGUUCCCCCCUCAUCGAGAAGCUGCAGGCAAACCUAACCCUGUCGCCCACCUCUCUGCUACCCUCGCCCAAGAGUCCCGAGGUGAAGCUGGCGCCAACGCCCAUCUCCCCCACAACCCAUUGCUUCUUUCCCACAAGCCCCUGCAGCCCGACCCUGAGGCCCCAGCUGUCCAGUGAGGAGGAGGAGCCGGUAUGCUUUGAGAGCCCAGCGGAGGGGACCCCAUUACUUAGCUUCAACAAGAGUCGAGUUCGGCUGUCCUUCAAGAGGCGUCCGCCCACACGGCAGCACCGGCAGUCGUGUGUCGAGGAGGGCGUAGUCUCCGAGGGAGGGGUUGUGUCCCAAGGUAACCAAGACGUCCCCCAGGUAAACGGGGCCGAGGACCAGGUGGAUCAGGUGUUUGAGCAGACAGGGGAGGGCGGGGAGAGGGGCGAGGAGACCCAGGGAAGCCCCCCGUCUCACCCAGACACUCUGACAGAGACUGGAGACAAUGACAGGGACAGGGAACAGGCCAAAGAGGACAACAUUCUGGAGGAGGAGAGGCUGCCCCAGCCACCCAGGAUGGGAAGAAGGAAGAAGGAAGCUGGGGAACAGGCGCUAGGUGAGCCCCAGGCUUCAGAUUCUCUGGAGGCCAUAGAGGAAGAGGAAGGGUCUUGUUGCUCUUAUGGAACAAAAGGAGACAACAAGCAAACAGACGAACAGGAGGAAUCAGCUCAGCCUCGGGAGAGGGAUGAAAACCUCUGAACAAUGUUCACAAAUCACUGUUGAAGAAAUCAUACAAUCAGUCAUUGGGUGAGUCCCACGUGGCACCCUACUGCUUAAUAGUGCACUACUUUUGACCAGAGACCUCGUUAAAAGUAGUGCACUAUAUAAGGAAUAGGGGUGUCAUUUGGGAUGCAUCCUCAUUAAUUAUGAAACUAGCUUGUCUUCUAAGAACCCUCGUUGGACAUUCUGUAUCCUGCAUAAUCUUGGUUCCCAGAACUAAAUCUGCCCUUGCUUCACCUGUCACAUUGAAUUGUGUCUGUUAGCAGUGUAUAGACAAUCCUCUGCAUAGCUUUGUGUUCUAUCAGAUACUGUUGGAGGUGAUACUUUCUUGUUUCUGCAGCAGUUUGAAGUAAUAAUUAUCUUUAUAGUAUUUGGUCCAGGUGUCUCAUCUCUUCUGGUCACCUCUCCUGGUCACCUCUCCUGGUCACCUCUCAUCUCUCCUGGUCACCUGUCACCUCUCCUGGUUACCUCUUCUGGUCACCUGUCACCUCUCCUGGUCACCUCUCACCUCUCCUGGUCACCUCUCACCUCUCCUGGUCACCUCUCACCUCUCCUGGUCACCUCUCACCUCUCCUGGUCACCUCUCAUCUCUCCUGGUCACCUGUCACCUCUCCUGGUUACCUCUUCUGGUCACCUGUCACCUCUCCUGGUCACCUCUCACCUCUCCUGGUCACCUGUCACCUCUCAACUCUCCUGGUCACCUCUCACCUCUCCUGGUCACCUCUCAUCUCUCCUGGUCACCUGUCACCUCUCCUGGUUACCUCUUCUGGUCACCUGUCACCUCUCCUGGUCACCUCUCACCUCUCCUGGUCACCUGUCACCUCUCAACUCUCCUGGUCACCUCUCACCUCUCCUGGUCACCUCUCACCUCUCCUGGUCACCUCUCCUGGUCACCUCUCACCUCUCCUGGUCACCUCUCACCUCUCCUGGUCACCUCUCCUGGUCACCUCUCACCUCUCCUGGUCACCUCUCCUGGUCACCUCUCACCUCUCCUGGUCACCUCUCCUGGUCACCUCUCAUCUCUCCUGGUCACCUGUCACCUCUCCUGGUUACCUCUUCUGGUCACCUGUCACCUCUCCUGGUCACCUCUCACCUCUCCUGGUCACCUCUCACCUCUCCUGGUCACCUCUCACCUCUCCUGGUCGCCUCUCAUCUCUCCUGGUCACCUGUCACCUCUCCUGGUCACCUGUCACCUCUCCUGGUCACCUCUC